CGGAAGCGGAAGCGGCGAGUCUCCAUGGCGGCGGCGGCGGCAGCGGCGGGACCGGUGCUGUGGCGGCGCCUGCUCGGCCUCCUGCCGGGCCGCCCCGGGCUGGCAGCGCUGCUGGGCCGCCUGUCCGACCGCCUGGGCCGAAACCGAGACCGCCGGCGCAGGAGGUCCCCGUGGCUGCUGCUGGCUCCUCUGCUGCCGUCCACGGCGCCCCCGGCCCACUCCCCACCCUGCUGCCUCUGCCCCGAGGGUGCGCAUCGCUUCCUAUGGAUCCGGAACCUGGUCCCCGAGUUCGGCGUCUCCAGCUCACAUGUCCGGGUGCUCUCCUCGCCUGCCGAGUUCUUUGAGCUCAUGAAGGGGCAGAUAAAGGCAGCCAAGAGACGGGUGGUGAUGGCGUCGCUCUACCUGGGGACGGGGCCCUUGGAGCAGGAGCUGGUGGACUGCCUGGAGAGGGCGCUCCAGGACGCCGACCUCAAGGUCUCCAUCCUGCUGGACUUCACGCGUGGCUCCAGAGGGAGAAGGAACUCGCGCACGAUGCUGCUGCCGCUCCUGCAGCGCUUCCCCGAGCGCGUGCGCGUGUCGCUGUUCCACACGCCCCACCUGCGCGGGCUGCUGCGGCUGCUGCUCCCCGAGCGCUUCAACGAGACCAUCGGGCUGCAGCACAUCAAGGUCUACGUGUUCGACAGCAGCCUGGUCCUCAGCGGAGCCAACCUGAGCGACUCCUACUUCACCAACCGCCAGGACCGCUACGUCUUCCUACGCGACUGCCCGGAGCUGGCUGACUUCUUCUCGGAACUGGUGGACGCCGUGGGGGACGUGUCCUUCCAGCUGCAGGGGGACGACACGGUGCAGAUGGUGGACGGGAUGGUGCACCCGUACGAAGGUGACCAGACUGCGUACUGCAAAGCGGCCCACGACCGCGUGAUGGACGUGAUCGACCAGGCCCGCGUCCGCCAGCAGCGGCUGCAUGCACAGACCUUUCACGGAGACGCGCGCAUGGCCCGGGAGGACGCUGCGGCAGCGGGCGACCGGAACCCCGCCCCGGACACUUGGAUCUACCCGCUCAUCCAGAUGAAGCCCUUUGCCAUCCAGAUGGACGAGCUGGUCACCGCCAGCCUGCUGACUGAGGCCGAGCGUGGGGCCCGGGUCUACCUCACCACUGGCUACUUCAACCUCACCCAGGCCUACAUGGACCUGGUGCUGGGCGCGCGGGCCGACUACCGCAUCCUGCUGGCCUCCCCCGAGGUGAACGGCUUCUUUGGGGCCAAGGGCGUGGCGGGCGCCAUCCCCGCGGCCUACGUGUACAUUGAGCGGCAGUUCUACCGCGCCGUCUGCAGCCUGGGCCAGCAGGAGCGUGUGCAGCUGCAGGAGUACUGGCGCCCGGGCUGGACCUUCCACGCCAAAGGCCUCUGGCUGUAUGUGCCGGGCAGCAGCCUGCCGUGCCUCACCCUGAUCGGCUCUCCUAAUUUUGGGUACAGGUCGGUUCACCGGGACCUGGAGGCCCAGAUCGCCAUCGUCACGGAGAGCCCGGCGCUGCAGCAGCAGCUGCACCAGGAGCAGGAACGGCUGUACCUGAGGUCAGGGCUGGUGUCUGCCGCCACCUUCGAGCAGCCCAGCCGGCGGGUGAAGCUGUGGGUGAAGAUGGUGACGCCGCUGAUCAAGAACUUCUUCUGAGGCUGCACACAGAGCAGCGCCACUCCCGCCAGGAUCCACUUGGCCGCCUUCUCCUUGGUCUUGAGGUUAAAGGUCCAGACGUAGGUGGGGCCGCGGAGCCGCGUCUUGUACACGGGGCACUCGUAGAUGUUCUUGGUGUCCAUGCGGUCCACAGGGACGGCCCUCACGAAGAUGACGGGCAUGGCCGGCGUCAGCUCCUUCAGCCGUGCCUCGGCGAGGACGCCGCUCUGGAUGUCCCAGCGGGCCCCUGCGGGCACAGCACGUGCAGCGUCAGGGCGCGCUCUGGGCACGGGCAGUGACGGCCCAGGCUGGACACACGGAAACGGCGCCUGGG